AUGGCACUGGCAAACGUCUCCACCACUGUCCAGCCAGACAUUACACCAGAAGUUCCAGUGAAUGUGAACGACCACCUCCUGUCACGGUCAGGUUACACAAUGCUGGCCGCCAUCAUUGGUGUCUUUUCAGUCGCCGGUGUACUCUUGAACGUCACAGUGAUCGUGGUGACGCUUCGUCACAGGCAGCUUCGUCAGCCACUGAACUAUGCCCUGGUGAACCUGGCGGUGGCGGAUCUGGGCUGUGCCCUGUUUGGAGGACUCCCCACAACAGUGACCAAUUCCAUGGGCUACUUCAGCCUGGGCAGGAUUGGAUGUGUGCUUGAGGGCUUUGCAGUGGCUUUCUUUGGUAUUGCUGGCCUCUGUUCGGUAGCGGUCAUCGCAGUGGACCGGUGUAUGGUGGUAUGCAGGCCGCUGGGGAUGGUCACAUUCCAGACCACCCACGCGGUAGCCGGAGUAGUCUUCUCCUGGGUGUGGUCCUUCAUUUGGAAUACACCUCCUCUCUUUGGUUGGGGCAGCUAUGAGCUGGAGGGAGUUCGGACCUCCUGUGCCCCAGACUGGUACAGCAGAGAUGCGGGGAACAUGUCUUACAUCGUGUGCUACUUCCUCCUGUGUUUCGCUGUACCGUUCUCCAUCAUCAUGGUGUCCUACUCUAAACUACUGUGGACACUCCGACAGGUGGCAAAGCUCCAGAUGUCUGAGGGGGGGAGCACGGCCAAGGCAGAGUUGCAGGUGGCUCGUAUGGUGGUGGUGAUGGUGAUGGCUUUCCUUGUCACCUGGCUGCCCUACGCCUCCUUCGCACUCUCUGUUAUCUUCAUUCCCAACCUGUACAUCGACCCAGUCAUCGCCACGGUGCCCAUGUACCUGGCCAAGAGCAGCACCAUCUUCAACCCUAUCAUAUACAUCUUCAUGAACCGACAGUUUCGGGACUGUGCCGUACCUUUCUUGCUCUGUGGAAGAAACCCAUGGGCCUCUGAGCCAGAGGCAUCAGAGGCAGAGACUACAGUGUCAUCGGUCAGCAAGAGCAACAAGGUCUUGCCUUCCUGAACAUCACUGGACACUCUGAGACAGGGAGGUCAAACUCAGGCGCGGGGGCCACAUUUGGCCCGCAGUCAUAUUAUUUGGUCCGGGAGAUCACUCCACAUGUGUAUUACAGUUGGCCCACAUACAUCAGUAAUGUAAGUGAGCCCAGACCAGUAUCUCAUACUCAUAUGCAACAGAAUAUGUGCAAGGCAGGCACAUUUGAUCUACCAUAUAUGAUGGGAAUGAGUGUUUCA